GCCCGCCUGUUAUCUGCCCCGUGAGGUGGGGCGAUCGGUGACAUUGAGAGCUUCAGUCUUAGAGAUCAGAGACCGAGAUCGAUAACUUCAAGAAAAAGGUCGUUCCCUUUAAAAAAGGGAUUGCCAUCAUAAUGUCACAGAAGAAGUCGUCGUCCCGGGGUAGCCGUACCCGGCAGAAACCUCGGUUGUCCCCGGCUGCUGCCGGCAGCUAUUAUACCGACUCGCUCGGAUUCAUGGCCAUGGACAAGAACGUUCCGGGUCUCUCGAACAUCAUUCUCCAAAAACUCAACAUGAAGACCUACGAGGAAUAUCGGUCCGCUCUAGAAUGUAACGGCCUCGCCGCUAAUUUCGGGAUCCGGACGUAUUCCGAGAUGUUCCAAAAGAUGGAGGACACUUACAAAUUCUGUGCAGAGUGCAAGAAGCUCCCAGGGCUGCUCUCGGACCCCCGAAACAUGAGGCGCUGCAGGAGGUGUCAGAACGUUUACUACUGCAGCUCCGAGUGUCAGAGGGAAAACUGGCCGGCGCAUAAAAAGUUUUGCAGAAAACUGAAGAUGGCGGCUAUCGACAGACUCGUCGAAUGGUUGGUGUUUACAGGAGAUAUUCCUUUUCCGACUGAGCCCUGGAAGAAGCCGCUAACAGAGAUAAAGAAUUGGGAGGACUGGUUUUCCAUGCAGGAACAUCUUGAGGAGAAACUGGACAGCAUAAUGACCGGACGAUACAUGGGGAUUUUGUGGUCCAACGCCGGGAAGCCAAGACCAGAAAACCAUGAGCUCAAGGAGUCAAUCAGACGUCUGACAUGUGACUUUUUCUCUCGCCCAAUGUCCAUUGGGUUUGCCAUGAACACCUUUCACGUGGACCCCUACCAAGGACCGGUCACGGUGCACGUCGUCGGAGCUUCUCAUAUCGAGACUUUGAACAUUCGAGCCACAGACUACGAUGAGUUGGCCAAGAUGUUCCCGGGAAACCAAGGUCUAGAGGUGGCUAUGGUGGGACCCGAGGUGGUGGACGGUCCGGUCAUGAGACCUCCUCUCACGGCAUUCGGACCACGCGGGAAAGUCUAUCUGAGCGGAUACAAGGGACUGUACCACGUCUUCUGGGAAACUCUGGUCGAGAGCAAUAAAGCAGCGAGACCUGACCUCGUGGUGGGCUUCCAUCCAGGAUUUCACGCGUCUCAGGGCCUGACCGAGGGCUGGCUCCCCACCCUGCUGCUCCUGCGCGACUAUAACAUCCCAUCCAUGUUCACCAUGUACAGUGAACACGAACUCAAGUAUUCCCUGCAGAUCCUGGCAGAGCUGGACACCAACAUCUUGGGGUCCGGACCGUUCCCCUUCUGCUCCCCCAAGUAUGAGCAGGUCCAGUCAGACCCUAACAAGCCCCCCGUUAACAGCAACGCCUUCUACCUGCUCUUCAGAGGUCCCACGUGGCAGGACUCGGAGCCCAGCCUGGGAGAUCUGGAGGAAGACGAGUCCAGCUAACCCAGAGAACUGGCUACACGCGUCUCACCCAUAGGCCACGACACCCACCGACCCUUCAUACCCAAAUCUCCCUCUCAUUUAGGCUACACAUUCGGGGAGUCACUGCAUAGAAUCUUCACGAUGGGCUAUUAAAGGGUUAAUAUUUCAAGAAUCUCAGGGUUCGCUCAUUUAGAAAGUCCCCCAGGUCUGGGUAUUAAUAACCCCUCCGCCUGCACUUCUUCACCCA